UUGGAAAACUACAGAAACAAAGUAGUCAUCAUCACUGGGGCGUGUGGCGGCAUCGGAGAGGCAAUUGCCGAAAAAUUUGCGGAUGCCGGGGCGACGCUAGCCCUUUGUGACAUCCGUCAAGAUGAACUUUCACAGACUGCUGAAAAGUGCCGACAGGCAGGGGCAACCGUCCACAGCAAUGCCAUUGAUGUUGCGGAUGAAGCCCCGGUGCGUGGUUUCUGCGAAACAGUUGCCCAAACUUUCGGAACGAUUGACUGCCUGAUCAAUACUGUCGGCAUUGUCGAUUGUCCGGGAGAUGUCGAAGAACUUUCGCUGUCAAUGUGGGACAGGACAAUCGCCGUCAAUCUUACCUCCGCUUUUCUGAUGGCAAAGUAUUCGGUGCCGUAUAUCAAACAACGGGGUGGUGCCAUCCUCAACAUCGCUUCGGUGUCGGGCUUGGCAAACCAAGAGGAUGCGACGAUCUAUUCAGUGACCAAAGCAGGACUGCUAUCGCUCACCCGGAGCGAAGCUAUAGAUUUGGCAAAAUACGGCAUCCGCGCCAACGCUAUCUCGCCCGGAUCGGUGGAGACGCCACUAUUGGAGGCAGCGGUUGACCAAGCGGCGCAACUGUUUAACCGUACCAGAGACGAGCAAUGGCAGGUCUGGCGUUCGCAAUACCCGACCCAACGUUUUACAUCACCACAAGAAAUCGCGGAACUAGCACUGUUUUUGUGUAGCGAGAGAGCGACCAAUAUCACCGGCGCCAAUUUCGUCAUUGAUGGCGGAUUGACGGCGCUGCUCCCGGAGCGAUAG